CUACCAAAUGAAUCGGACGCGCCAGCGCUUUAGUGGAGCUUCAGAACUGGGAUGUUUACCCAAAAACUGUAUAUCAAGUGCUUGAAAACCUUUUGAAAAAGCGAUUCCAGUGUCGGUUUAAAGCCAGUUCGAGUUUUAAUAUUUUCUAAAAUCCUGUGUUGGUCAAACAUUAAACAGUGAAUUCUUCGUUGGUUUCUUUUGGUUGGCAAGUGUUUGUUUCCUAGAUACUAGAACUUGAGUGGCUUAGAAAGAUCAAAGUUGGUUUUAUUUGAAUUUUCGAAACUCUGAUUUGGCGUUGGCAUUACUUGCAUCUUUUGAUCCCUUUCGUCAGUCAGAGGAUGCCUGCACGGAAUCCUCGGAGCCAGCCAGCGGAAACUCAAAUUCAAAUCCAAAUCUAUUUCGAAACUUUCGCUUAAUCAACAAGUUACAUUCGCUUAGCCUUUGCCUCAGAAACUUGAGCCGCGCUCGCUCUGUCGCUCCCAAAAGCGGUUUAGGCCAAGAACUGGAAUGGCAGGCGGUGCUCAAAGGAAAUCGCAGAUUGAAGGCAACGUCGCGGAUUGAGGUGCCAUUUUCCGGUGUUUUGAUUUCGCUUUACCGGCCCGCAAUGCGGCAUUAAUUUGCACAACUUGGGCCUCUCCUUCCGCUUCGAUUUAUGUUCGCUGCUCAAAGUCGCGGCGCGCCAGAGCAAUGUGCUCUUAAUAAUUUAUAAUAAUUUCCAAAACGACAAGAACCAAUCGCGCAAAGGGAAUUUAAUUAAAGCAUCACAAACAUGGCAAUGGAAUGGAUAACUGCAAUGGACAAACGUCCUUGCGACCGAAACCUGCGUGACGUGGAGCUCAUUUCGUGCCGCCUGCGUCGCGUGGAGCCGCUGUGUCGCCUUCCGGGAUCCGCGCUCCAGCAGUUGGCCAUGUGCGGCUUCUACGAGGACCUGGAGAAGGGAGUGACACUUUUCCGCGCCGGAGAACAGGGCCGCUUUUGGUAUGCAGUGCUCGGCGGAUCGCUGGAGGUGCGAUACCAUGCCCAUGCGGAUGCCGACGGCAAGAGCUCGGUCACCCUGUGCAACCUGGGCGUGGGCGCCACUUUCGGGGAGUCCGUACUGCACGACUUGCCGCGGGACAGCACCGUGGUGACGAAGACGACCUGCGAGCUGCUGCGCGUGGAGCAGCAGGACUUCCGUCUUAUUUGGGAGAAAAACAAGGAGUUGAUGAAUGACAUUUUCACCAAUUGCAAAUUGAAGAACGGCUUCGGACCAACUGUGCAGACAGCGGCGGCGGCCACAUCGCCCACCAAGAGACCCCUCAGCCCCGACCAUCCGAACCCAGCGCUGCCCAUCACCGAGACGCCGAGUCCUGCUAUGAACCGCAUGGGCUGGGCCCUCAGAACUCUACUGGUCGCCGACAACUCGAGCUGUUUGAAGGAUCGCAAGGUCUCUGGCAAGCUCAUCCGCAAGUGCGCCCCCGGCACCGAGCUCGUCGACUGGCUGGUCAACCUCUCGCCCAUCGUCCACACCCGCGCCCAGGCGGCGGGCAUGUGGCAGGCGCUCGUCGAGGAAGGAGUUCUCGCACACGUAAACAAGGAGCAGCCCUUCAAGGACAAGUGCUUUCUGUACCGCUUUCGCCUCGACGAGGAGGGCGGAACGGCGGCAGCGGGCGUCCCCCAGGCGGAGGAUCUCGGAGCGGCCAACGAACACAUCCGCGAGGCGCUGAGCGCCCUGUUCCAGCGCGGUCCGGAUGCCACACUGCGUAUGAUACUGCGCAAACCUUCGCACGAACGGACUUCGGAGGAGCUGGAGCUGGUCUUCGAGGAGCUGGUCCACAUCGCCGCACUCUCCCACUUAUCGACCAGCAUCAAGAGGGAGCUGUCGUCGAUUUUCGUGUUCGAGGCUCAUGCCCAGGCGGGCACAAUAUUAUUCAAUCAAGGCGACGAAGGACGCUCCUGGUACAUCCUGCUCAAGGGAUCUGUGGAUGUUGUGAUACACGGCAAGGGAACGGUUGCCACACUGAAGACUGGGGAUGAUUUCGGGAAGCUGGCCUUGAUAAACGACGCACCCAGAGCUGCUACCAUCGUACUCAAGGAGAACAAUUGCCACUUGCUGCGCGUGGACAAGGAACACUUCAACCGGAUACUCCGCGAUGUGGAGGCCAACACCCUCAGAUUGCAGGAGCACGGCAAGGAUGUUUUAGUGCUCGAGCGCGUGGCCAAGCAACGUGGACAGCACUCGGCAUUUAAAUACACGGUGAUGUCGGGCACUCCGGCCAAGAUGCUGGAGCACCUGCUGGAGACGCGACUGGGCCAGUCGGUGGGCGGAAUGGACCCUUUCCUGGACGACUUCCUGCUGACGCACAUUGUAUUCAUGCCCGUCGUGCAGCUGGUUGAUGAAUUGGCCAAUUACUUCCAUUGUGAUGCCCAUGAGGAUGCCCAGACACCCGAGGAUCGUGAGUAUAUAAUCAACUUCAAGAAGCGCGUGAUCCAGUUCAUGCAGAAGUGGGUCAUGGCCGUGCGCCACGCCGCCUUCGAGGAGCCCAGCGUCUGCGACUUCAUCGAGGACCUCGCCGCCGAGGUGGAGGCCGAUCCCGACCUGAACGAGGAGACCAGCAUAGUGCACAACGUGCUCACCCAGAUGGCGCGCUACCAGGAGGACCGCAACCAGAACGCCGGCCAGAAGUGGAAGCUGCCGCCCAACGGCCAGCCCAUCUGCCUCUUCAGCGGCAAUGCGACGCCCUCGAAGACGGUCAUUAGGCCGGACGAUGACAUAAUUUUCCGGGUCUAUUGCGCCGACCACACCUACUGCACCCUGAGAUUCCCCAUGCACACCACGGCGGAGCUCAUCAAGGCCUGUGCCGCCGACAAGCUGCAGCUGAACCGGGGUCCCGAGGACCUCGUCCUCGUGGAGGUGAAGUCGAACGGGGAGCGCUCCGUGUUCAAGGACAACGACGUCAGCAUACCGACGGGCCUGUCGCUCAAUGGGCGACUGUUUGUCUCCGUCAAGGAUCACCUAGAUGCCUUGACCCAGCUGCAGGAGCAGGAGUGUCCCACCGAGGGCGUGGACAUCGAUCUCGAGAUACUGAGCACCAAGGAGCUGGCCUACCACAUCACCCUGUUCGAGUGGGACCUCUUCUGGGCCGUCCAUGAAUACGAAUUGCUUUACCACACCUUCGGGCGGCAUCACUUUGGCAAGAUCACUGCCAACUUGGAUGUCUUCCUGCGACGAUUCAACGAGGUCCAGUACUGGAUUGUCACCGAGCUGGUGAGCACGCCCAGCCUGAGCAAGCGCGUGGGCCUGGUCCGGAAGUUCAUCAAGCUGGCCGCCUACUGCAAGGAGUACCAGAACCUGAACGCCUUCUUCGCCGUGGUGAUGGGCCUCUCGAACAUGGCGGUGUCCCGGCUGCAGCAGACCUGGGAGAAGAUCCCCUCGAAGUUUCGGAAGAUCUUCCAGGAGUUCGAGGCCCUGAUCGACCCCAGCCGCAACCACAGGGCGUACCGCGUGUUCGUGGGCAAGCUGCAGCCGCCACUGAUCCCGUUCAUGCCGCUGCUGCUCAAGGACAUGACCUUCGCCCACGAGGGCAACAAGACCAGCCUGGACGGCCUGGUGAACUUCGAGAAGAUGCACAUGAUGGCCCAGACGAUGCGCACCAUCCGCUUCUGUCGCUCCAGGAGUCUGGGUCUGGAGCCGCCUUCACCGAAGAGCGAGGGCGAGGUGAGGUCGUACAUCAGCAGCUUCCGCGUCAUCGACAACCAGCGGGUGCUCACCGCUAUGUCCCAGAAGGUGGAGCCCACCAGGAAGCUCUAAGCCGGAAAGGCCCCUAUCCGAUUAGCCGUAGCGAGUAUUAAGUGUCUAACCCUGAGUGUGUGUGUUAAUCAAACCGCAAUUAGCUGCACAGUUAUGAGCUUAGCCGGGUGGUUUUCGGAAGCCAAUCGGCGCCAUGGCCACCACAGCCCGGACAAACUUUCAUCCGCAUCCGCAUUCGCGUUCGCAUUAGCCUAAGCUACAGUGUACUCUGUGUACGCAUAUCUAUGACCCGACUAAGAACUAUCUCAAUCUUCUAAUGAACUGAAACCCCAACGCAUUUCAAUGCAAACGAGAAACUUUUUGCUUUAGUACAAAACGAUAGAUGGAAAACAAAUUAAAAAAUCGGGAAUCCCGGCGGAGACCGAAGCGAAUAAAAACAAAAGUUGGACGUGUGUGAUACUAAACAUUUAGAGGAGGCAACAUCAAAACAAACAGCACUAAACUGCAUAAUUUCCUACAAAACUUUACUCUAUACAUCCUGCGCAAGCUAGUAAAAUAAUUUGUAAAAUUGUACAUCGUAUCCGAGAGCAUGGAAUCUAUUUUUUUAAAAGCCCUAAACUAAAGCCAACUAUUAAACAGUCUAGUUGAAGCUAGUUACUAACAUGUAAGCCACGUAGCGGAUAAGUUAUUUUAUUUAAAGUUUCAGAUUUCUCUAUCGUUUGGAAGUUCUAUACCCCUAAGUACUGCAACUCGCAAAUAAAAUACGAACCCAUUUAUUACUAUUUAUUACACAUCCCUGAUUUGUUUCAUUUUGUAGAAAAUUUAGUCCUUGUUUAUGUUAUCUAAUAUAUACGCAUAUAUGCCAAUGCAUACAAAACAUUAACACUGGAGAGGGACCUUAUUAGUUGUAGUUUUGUACAUAGAUACGUGUAAACCAUUUACAUUUAUUAGACCAGUGCAAUUGUGUUCAAGAUAUGGGGAGUACUUUGUAAUGCUUUUCGAAAAGCAAUUCAAAACAGUUUUCAAGCCAGUUAAACGCCAUUAAUUAUUGUCAGCAUCAAAAAUAUUGAAAAAAAAAACAUUCAAAAUUUUAAAGUUCGACCAAUCUGUCGGAAAAGAUUAUUUCUUUGCAAGGACUUCGAUCAUUGAAAACAAAUCUAAAAUUUCCACAAUAUGGGUUUUUGGGAGCUACCUAUAUUUGAACACAUAUGUACAACCUUAAAAUAUCUUAUGUAAUAAUAUACUCGGUACUCGAAGAAUAUGGUACAGGGAGAAGUGGAUCUUGUUGGACUAACAAAGUAUUACUUCUCCAUUUGCUUGCAUUGUAUACGAUAUUUCUGUCUGUAGAAACAAAUCCAACAUUGAACAAAAUUAUUUUAAACGAGCAAAAUUUGUACCGAGUAUCUAAAGGUCGUUGAUCCGACUUUGGCGUUUUGUCCGUCUUAAAUAGCAACCUCUAGUGAAUCCGAAUUGGUCUUCGGGGCUAUGGCGUAAGUUAGCUAAAAUAUCUUUUAUAAGGUGUCUUAUACCAAAACAUUCUAGUAAGAUGUCGUAGGUUAUCCAGUACUUGUAGUCACCAUUCUAACCCAACUCCUCUCCCAAGUAAAGGUCUCUCAAACAACGAUUUAUCACAUAAAGAACCACCAUUCCUAGACGUAACCAAAACUUUGACCAUGAUGCGUAGAAUAUAAUUGUCGUAAUAAAACCUUUUUCUUUACGUACUCCAAUCAGACAAACAAAUACAAUCCAAGAUAUAGAGUAUUCAGUGGUUUCUCCUCCAAAAAAUAAUACAAAGCAAAUGCAAACGAAUUUUCAAUACAACUUUUAUAGGUAUAGCGAACCGAUUCAAACGAAACAAUACUGUGUAGUUUUUAGUUAAUGAGAUGUAAAAAUUUCGUAUUGAUUUACAAGGAGCGCAACACCAAUUUUAGUAUGGUAAAAUUUGUAAGUAGAGUGGGAAAGCCUUCAAUUACUUUAUCUACAUGUGCUGCGGGCAGAAUCUAUCACAAUCAUCCUCAUAGAAUUGUGUAGGCGUUAUAACCCCAAAGCAAACUAGCAAUCCUUUGAGGAAAACUUUUGAAAAAAUAAACCAACUCUUGUAGCAUAAAUGGGGUGAGAAGAUAUAUUAUACACAAACUAUUUAUUUAAUGGAUCCAACAAUUUAGCUCGUAGAUCAUAGAGCCUAUUCUAGUGUUAGGUAAUCGUUUCCAGCAAGAGGAAACAUCUAUGUGUCAAAACCAACAAUAUUUCUAUAUUUUUGAGUACUGCUUUGCUAAAGUAUACCCAACUUACACCACCACCGUUGUUAUUGUUGUGCACUUUCAAUAAUACAGAUAUACAUACUAUAUAUGUAAAUAUGCCAGUAUAUUAAAUAUGCAAGUACUCCAAAAGGGAAAAUUUCAAAUUUUACUUGUGAUUCGAUUUGACAAUCUGAAAACAACUCUACGAACCUUUAAUUUCUCAAAUAUAACCUAGGCACUUUGCAUAAAUUUAACGUCAUUGGGUAUCUCACGGAUGCACACGAGCCGAUAUAUUCAUGCUAUACGUAUAUACCUCCGUUACCAAAAUAUAGCUAUUGCCAAUCAGUCUUAAUCAGUCAAUAAAUGUUCGAGCCGUAACUAGUACUAACCACUAAAUGUUCAAAUCAGUGUUUACAUGUCUAACGCAAAACAAUCUUGAAAUUUACUUACCUACCAUAUAGCAAAAUAGAUUAAAGACAAAUAGUUCGUAAUGGGGAUGGAAGGACGACGGCUCCCAAGAGCUCACAGCAAGAGACAACACCAACAAACCACUUAGAAGUAAUUAAGUCCAUCGAGCAUGGUAUAGACGUGCAUAUAUUGUGUAGCACAAACAGAGAUCUCUUAACCGUACUACCAGAUUACAUAUUCUAGCAACCUGUGUACCCGAAUUGCGAGGACCGAAGUGAGAUUUAUGCAAAGCAGAGUAAAUGUUUUAAUGGCAACCCAAGAUGUUAAAACUAAGUGUAAACCAGCAUGUAUCUUUGAAUGUCUAACAUUUUGAACUCAACUAAUAUUCGAAUAAAGAUUUAUGUGUUAGCGAG